GUGAGCUCAUUUUCCAAGGUGACGGUCACGUGGGCCUGCCGAUAUAAAAGCGCGGAUCAUGUGAGGAUGAUGAGGCCGGAAGACCUUCAAAUUAAAAGCAUACGCCAUGACUAACGCGUGGGGGAGGGGCGCGCCUCUUAAAGGGAGCGCGCAGCGGCGGCGCGGCGACACUUUCACUUUAGCCACGCGUCGUCCCGCGGAGGAACACACGGCUCCGCGCCCGGAAUAAACAGGCUGUUUAGCGGGCCCGCGGAGUGAUGGCGUGACGGCGGUCUUGCCGGAAAGUUCCAGAAGGGCGGGAUGAGACGCCGCUGAGCGCAACUUGGACUCGGACUGUUGGUGGAGCAGCUCGGAAAUGGAGAAGUGUCCCUUUUUGGAAAGAUAAAAGGAUGUCACUGCCAGUUUUGCUGUUGCUAUCAGUGGUGACGGUCCAAUGCGGCGCGUGUGACCCCGACUGGGAGGCAGUGACCAACGUGAAGGCCACCAUCGACGCCAACCCCGCCGGCUUUCGCACAGUCUUUCCCAAGAACUACUACGUCUCACACCGCUACACCACCACCAUGCUCUGUGACGACGACCCGUGUUGUGUGUUUCCUGCUGCCAUCGUCCUCCUGGAGUCCUGGAACGUGCUCCUGAACAACCUGUGGGACCAGCACCUCAACCGCUCCUUGGUCUUCGACCUCAAGCAAACACUGGAAAGAAUCAUCCGGAAGAACAAAAACACAGAGAGGUUCCAGGAGGAGAUGGACUUGGCCCGCUUCGCCCCGUUCUUCUCCUCCCCCGAGGAGCUCCUCAAGCUGACGUCGGCGCUCUUCCAGCGCUGGCUGGAGGUGGGCUGCUCGCCCUCCAUCCAGGUUUGCCACAUCCCCACGCCGCUGCCCCCGCCGCCGGCCGACAGCAAGGAGCCGCGUCCCUCCAGGGUGCGCCUGCUGACCACGCGCGCCAUCAACAGCCGCAUGGAGGCGGCCGAGCGGGCGCGCCUGAUGGACGUUACGCGGGCUCCUCCCACUCCUCCGUCCGCCGCCGCCCCGGGCCCCGCCUCCGCCUGGAUCCUCCUUCCGCUGGGACUGUACUGGUGCCUGUCGCCAUAGCAACGUGAAGGAUCUCCACACAAGACUUUUGCUGGCACUGAAAGAUGAAGAGAGAUGCGCAGGUUGCAGAUUUCCUGCUCGCUAACACGCAUUAGCAUUAGCUCGCUAACGCCCGCGCACGCCAAACAUUCCCUGGAAGAUGGACUUUUUUUUAUAUCCGGGGCGCUAUGUCAGGUGGGCGGAGUCAAAACUCUUCCCAAACUUUGUCCACUGAAAUGAAAACAUGCAUUUUUAAUAUUUUUCAUCUUCAAAACCAACACAAUAUAUCCUUGUUUUUGUUUUUUUGUUGUUUUUAUCUUUAGGGCUCCCGCCAUGUUUGGUCCCGGGGAUCCAAAAGGGGCCCUGACAUAAAGAUUUUUUUUUUUAAAAGUCAUUUUAUUUUUUUAUUCAGCGCUAAAAUCUCGAGAUUCGCUUCCUGUUGUUUUUGUCUUUUACUUUUUAGUUUCUUUAAUGCCUUUUUGUGUGGAAAAAAACUUUUUUUGUAUUUUUUGGGCAAAAACACAAAAUAUGCAAUAUUUUCCACCCCAAAGAUUUCAAAAGGGAAUAUUUGAGGUCAAGUAAAAAUGUCAUGUAUUAUUGUUAAAA